ACUGGGGCAGGAUGAGCGCUCCUUUCCAAGAUGGCGGCGGAGGGAGGUGGGAAGGAGAUGAACGAGAUUAAGACCCAGUUCACCACCCGGGAGGGGCUGUACAAGCUGCUGAGCCACUCGGAGUACAGCCGGCCUAACCGCGUGCCCUUCAACUCGCAGGGCUCCAACCCCGUCCGCGUCUCCUUCGUCAACGUCAACGACCAGAGCGGCAACGGGGACCGGCUCUGCUUCAAUGUGGGCCGGGAGCUCUACUUCUACAUCUACAAGGGGGUCCGCAAGGCUGCGGACUUGAGUAAACCAAUAGACAAAAGGAUAUACAAAGGAACACAGCCUACAUGCCAUGACUUCAAUCACUUAACAGCCACAGCAGAAAGUGUGUCACUUCUAGUGGGCUUCUCUGCAGGCCAGGUCCAACUUAUAGACCCUAUUAAAAAAGAAACUAGCAAAUUAUUUAAUGAGGAAAGACUAAUAGACAAGUCCAGAGUAACCUGUGUAAAAUGGGUACCAGGUUCGGAAAGCCUUUUCCUAGUAGCUCAUUCCAGUGGCAAUAUGUACUUGUAUAACGUGGAGCACACUUGUGGUACCACAGCCCCGCACUACCAGCUACUUAAACAAGGAGAGAGUUUUGCAGUGCAUACUUGCAAGAGUAAAUCCACAAGAAACCCUCUGCUUAAAUGGACAGUAGGUGAGGGUGCCCUGAAUGAAUUUGCCUUUUCCCCUGAUGGGAAGUUCUUGGCGUGUGUGAGCCAGGAUGGUUUUCUUCGCGUGUUUAACUUUGAUUCAGUGGAAUUGCAUGGUACAAUGAAAAGCUACUUUGGAGGACUGCUGUGUGUGUGUUGGAGCCCCGAUGGGAAAUACAUAGUGACAGGUGGAGAGGAUGACUUGGUGACAGUUUGGUCUUUCGUGGACUGUCGAGUUAUAGCCAGAGGCCACGGACAUAAAUCGUGGGUCAGUGUCGUUGCGUUUGAUCCGUAUACCACUAGUGUAGAAGAGAGUGACCCGAUGGAAUUUAGCGGAAGUGAUGAGGAUUUCCAAGACCUUCAUUUUGGCAGAGAUCGAGCAAAUAGCACGCAAUCUAGACUAUCCAAAAGGAACUCUACAGACAGUCGUCCAGUAAGUGUUACGUAUAGAUUUGGUUCAGUAGGCCAGGACACACAGCUCUGUUUGUGGGAUCUUACAGAAGAUAUCCUCUUCCCCCACCAACCUCUCUCAAGAGCAAGGACACAUACAAAUGUCAUGAAUGCCACAAGUCCACCUGCGGGAAGUGGUGGAACUAACCCGGGAAGUAAUGGAAACAGUAUCACAACACCUGGAAACUCUGUACCCCCUCCUCUUCCACGGUCAAACAGCCUUCCACACUCUGCAGUCUCAAAUGCUGGCAGUAAAAGCAGUGUCAUGGAUGGUGCCAUUGCUUCUGGCGUUAGUAAAUUUGCAACCUUAUCGCUACAUGAUCGGAAGGAAAGACACCAUGAAAAAGAUCACAAGAGAAACCAUAGCAUGGGACAUAUAUCUAGCAAGAGCAGUGACAAACUGAACCUAGUUACUAAAACCAAAACGGACCCAGCUAAAACUUUGGGAACACCUCUCUGUCCCCGAAUGGAAGAUGUUCCCUUGUUAGAGCCUCUUAUCUGUAAAAAGAUAGCACAUGAAAGACUGACUGUGUUAAUUUUUCUUGAAGACUGUAUAGUCACUGCUUGUCAGGAGGGAUUUAUUUGCACAUGGGCAAGGCCUGGUAAAGUGAGAUAAAGUAUGCAGUACCAAAAAUCAGGAUUUAUGUAUUGGCCAAUAUGGAAAACUUAAACUACAGGUAAGUAAUUUUCAUGCUGAAGUUAUCACUUUCAAAAUUAAUAUAUUGCACACUGAUGUAAAUGCCAUAUUCUUUAGGAUGUAUUUACUUAGAAAUUUUCAAAUUAAUUUGUUUUUCUGAUUUCACUUGCAUUUCUAGUGAGCUCACUCUGCUGGUAAAAUCUAAAUUUUGGUGGCAUGUUUACAGGGCUUUGUUAGGAAAAUACUUAUGCCAGAAGGACGUUAUGAGUAUACUUUUUGUUUAUAGGAAAGCACUUAAUUUUAUUUAAUGAGAAUUGUCAAAGUAUAAAACACUCAUGGUUAUGUCUUUCUUACUGGGUUAUAUACCAUCAUUUCUGUUUCACCAGCUGUUUUAUCCGAGGAUGUCCCAUUACUCUGGGCUUUAAAGUUGCUAUUUCUAGUCUUCCUUUGAUACAUGGUUCCCCAAGUGAUCUUAAACCUCCGUCACCUUUUUGUCUGCCAUCUCUAUAGAGUGAAAGCCUCUGAAUCUUGCUGCUGCUUCCAUCAUUGCCUCAAAAGGCCUUCAUUAAAUUGAUGCCACUGCCAGCCUAAAGAAAGAAUUGGAUGAAAAAGCAAAGGAGGUAGUGCAGUGUCUAAUGUAAUUUCCAUUGUGCCAGUGCUACCUUUCCCUCUCAUUUCCAACAGCCAUCAAAAUAUGUGCUGUUUGGAUAAUUGGACAGUGUAUGACAAGUUCUGUUUAUUUUUCUGGUUGGGCUUGUGCUGCCCUGAGUGGAAAAUAAAUCCAGAAGUGUCUCUUCAGCCAUGAUCCCUGUGAUAGCUGACAGUGCUGACAGUGUCCUGACAGUUUGCUUAUAAACUUUCCAAAUUACUGCUUCAGUGUGUACAAAAUCAUACCUUGAGCUUCCUCACGGGGUGUACCGUUCUUGCAUUGCACUUUCAGAACUGCUUUGCCAAAUCCCAGUCAAUGAAGUGAAAUGAAUGGCAAAAUUCAAUUAGAAACAAGUUGGAUGAGGCUCAGGGUUCAUUAGUUUCAAUUUUUUUUUAAGCUGGUUUCUGUGAAAGGAGGUUCAGGGCGGUCAGAAAAAUAGGUUGCCUUAACAAGACUAUGAGCUUUUCUUCACAGCUUGGUGACAAUUAGCUGUCAUCUUUCUCCCCUGUCUUUCCCAGGCCCUGAUGGGAAACCUAAAUGGAAUUACAGAACUGCUGGAUUAAUCUGAAAAUGUAGAAACGGAAUUUGGAAGGAACAAAAGUAAACUUUAUUGUGCUGUCUUCAUAGCUACAUCAAAUUGAAUUACAGGAUCUGCAGAAGCAAUUAAAAAACCCCAACAAAACCCCAAAGUGGUACUUGGAUAUGCAAAAUAAGUUUUCUCUGAACUCAGUGGUCAGAGUAACUACUUACAUGAUUUCUGUGUUGGACUUUAGAACCAACUGUUCACUGUCUGUACAGCAGCUCCAUUUUAUGUGAAUGAAAGUUGCCAGUGAGUUCCCUGUGUCAGGAAGCUCAAGGUAAGAUUGGCCAGAAGUACCCCCCAGGUGAAAUGGCAGUGUAUAACCUAGCAAGAGAAACAUCCUACCACUUUGUAAAACAAAUGCACAUGGAAUUUAUUUAUUUGACUUAUUGUACAGGAAAACUUAGACUUAAAUUAUAACAUCCUUGAAUUUUCUAGUUAACUACAAUUGUAGUACAGUAUCAUGUUUUAGUAUGACUUCUGUUUUAGUGAAAGUACUUAAACAUUCAUGUACUAUAUUUGAGUGAGACAAGCAGCUAUACAUACUAAUUCUUCCUCAGUGGAAAGGAGCAUUUCAUCAUUACAAUUGAAGUUCAAUUGCUGGUAUUUAAGUACUAUCAAAUAGAUUUCUUUCAACGUGAUACGGUAUCUGUAUAAACUUCAGGGAUGAUUAUAGUUAAAUGAAACACAGCUAUACAACUUCAGGUUACCAUGCUAAAAUUUGAAGCUUUCUGUAAUGUGCACAAUAGCAAAGUUGCACAUGGCAUACCCGCAUUAUCAGGGUGAAUUAAACCUAGAGUACACUGGUGUGAUAUUUAUAGCAAGGUAUGUGUGUGUGCGUGUGUGAGGAGGUGUGACAAGUGGCUCCAGUAAAGCCAGGAGAGAUCAUAACCUGUAAAGGCUUUAUGAUGAGGAUGUCUGGAUUAGGAAAUAACAUGACUUUUACUAAACACUUUCUAGAAAACCCAUGUUCUGAAUUACCACCUCUUAAAAUUUGAGUAUGUAUUUGGAAUGACUGUAUAUGUCUGCCCCUUUAACAACAUAAAACUACUAAAUUAAUAUUUAAAAUGCUGGCCUGCUUAUGUUACAAUAAUAAAAUUUGUGUCAGUUAAUUUACUGUCAAUUUACAUGUAAAGAUUAAACUAUUUUUUCUGCAUUUUAUGAUUCUGUAUACUGGAGUUUGUUAAAGAUUGACAUGUUAGGUGAUACUGUACAAAAUUGUAUUGACUACCUUUAGUGAAAAUCAAAAGUAAAAUUCAUAUGUAUUUCCUUUUUACACUUCCAUCUAAUUUCUUGACAACUUGAAUAAAUUUCAUAGAGCCUUUCUAACAUGAACUAUUGUUAAUUUAACUGUUGCAAUAAUUAAGCUUUAAGAAGUAUUGUUGGUAUAUUUAUAAUUUUAAGAAGAUCAUGUUUGUUUCAUACUGCUUAUUUUUAGCUGUUCUAUUGUCACUGUUACAGCUGAAGAACUUUACUAAAUACUUGACAUUACAAAAUAACUUGCUGGGGUUGUCCUCUGUAUACUGAUGUUAAAUAAAAAUGUGUGAUUGAACUGUAAAUGUAGAUAACUUUCAAUAGUCCUUUCCACAUUUGAGUUUUAAUUUAUCUUGCAGUGCUUAGGUGGUCUUAUGCUCUCACACUGUGCUGAACAAAUGGCCACAAUGAAACUGUUAACUUGCCAUGCUUUAAAGUAAGAAGUUGAUCACAUCUGCUCUGAGAAAGUGUUUCAAUUUGUCUCCAGAUGAUGCAGAUGUUUUGAUGUUUAAAUCUUGCUGAUAAGGUCAAGACUCAUGGUAGCUAUUUUUUUUAGGAUUAGAGUAACAUUAAACAGAAUACUUACCAAACCACUUUUCAAACCUGU